CCUGGGUGCUUCUAACUAGACUCUGGGAGAGAAAUAGUUUGCAAAAGCAGUGAGUGCGUCGGUCCUGCAAGUGGCAAAACUGCUGGCUCCUCUUUGCCCCACUUAAUGAGGGGAAACAUGGACAUUGAAGCAUAUUUUGAAAGAAUUGGCUACAAGAACUUCAGGAACAAAUUGGACUUGGAAACAUUAACUGACAUUCUUCAGCACCAGAUCAGAGCCAUUCCCUUUGAAAACCUUAAUCUCCACUGUGGGGAAAGGAUGGAAUUAGAUUUGGAAGCUACUUUUGAUCAAAUUGUGAGGAAGAAACGGGGUGGAUGGUGUAUCCAGGUCAAUCAGCUUCUAUAUUGGGCUCUGACCACUCUUGGUUUUGAGACCACAAUUUUGGGAGGGUAUGUCUAUCUCACUCCAAUUAACAAAUACAGCAAUGGCAUGAUUCACCUUCUGCUGAAGGUGACAGUUGAUGGAAGGAACUAUAUUGUUGAUGCUGGAUUCGGAAGUUCUUAUCAAAUGUGGAAGCCUCUUGAGUUAAUUUCUGGGAAGGAUCAGCCCCAGGUACCUUGCAUCUUCCGCUUGACAGAAGAGGAAGGAAUCUGGUAUCUGGACCAAAUCAGAAGAGAACAAUACAUUCUAAAUCAAGACUUUCUUAAUUCUGAUCUCCUGGAAAAAAAUAGAUACCGAAAAAUCUACAACUUUACUCUUGAAUGUAGAAAAAUUGAAGAUUUUGAAUCUGUGAAUACAUUCCUUCAAACAUCCCCAACAUCCAUUUUUCUAAAGGAAUCAGUUUGUUCCUUGCAGACGUCAGAUGGGGUUUUCUGUUUAAUGGGCUUUACUUUAGUUCACAAACAAUUCGGUUAUAAGGACAAUACGGAUCUGGUAGAGUUUAAGAUACUGAAUGAGGAAGAGGCAGAAGAAGAACUGAAAAAUAAAUUUAAUAUUUCCUUGGAGAAAAAGGUUGUGCUCAAACAUGGUGACCAUUGCUUUUCCAUUUAGGCAAAGGAGAAAAAAAAACAUAGUUCAUAUUCAUUUAGGCACAUAAACUCACUAAUAAAAGGGGAAAUAAAACAAAAUAAUUUGGUAUAUUCAUCACACGGAUCACCAAAUUCUUAGGUUAUGUUGAAGUAGAAAAAAACAGGGAAAUAAAUGAUAUAUGAUUUUAGUCAUAUGUAGUGUAUAGAAAAAAACAUUUUAACAUAUAAUUAAGUAAGACAAAAAAACUAAGUUUGAGCUAUAAGGCCAAUUAAUUUGGGGCCAGAAAAAAGAAGAGGAAUGCAGGAAGGGGGAUAAAUAAGGGCCAAGAGCACACACCUGUUGAUUUUCAGCAAUGUAUACUUGAGCGGGUAGGAGCUAGCUCUUUGACAGAGCAUAUGCCUUGCUAUGCUCAGGGUACAGGUUUGAAUCACCACAAUAACUGGGAGCUCCAUGUCAGCAUGAGAAGCUUUGGUGCUAUGAUCUCUCUCUCACUUUCUCUCUGUCUCUCUAUCUGAAUUAAAA